AUGAUGGCGGAUAUAAUCAAGAGUGCUAAGCCUCUACGCAAGGCGAAGUAUAUCUGUAUGGAGGGUGCUGAUAAACUGCCAAACGGUUACUAUGGAACAUCCGUCAAACUGAACUGGGUCAUAGAUCGCAAUAGGGGAAUUAUGCUCGCGCACAAGAUGAACGGUGAAGAUUUGAGACCAGAUCACGGCCGUCCAUUGAGAGCCGUGGUACCCGGCCAGAUUGGAGGACGCAGUGUCAAGUGGUUGAAGAAACUCAUAGUCACUGAUGCCCCUAGUGAUAACUGGUACCAUAUCUACGACAACCGGGUCCUACCGACCAUGGUCACACCCGAUAUGUCGUCCGAAGACCCUUCAUGGUGGCGCGAUGACCGCCUCGCCACUGCGAGACCCAUCUACACGGCAAAAGGUUACGCCUACGCUGGUGGCGGGCGAAGAAUCACCCGUGUCGAAAUAUCUCUGGAUAAGGGAAAAUCAUGGCGCCUAGCAAACAUAGAGUACGCAGAAGACAAAUACCGUGACUUCGAGGGCACACUCUAUGGCGGCCGAGUCGACAUGUCCUGGCGAGAAACCUGCUUCUGCUGGUCCUUCUGGUCCCUCGACAUCCCUGUCCCCGAUCUUGAAAACAGCGAUGCUCUCCUCGUACGAGCCAUGGAUGAGGCACUCAGUCUCCAGCCAAAGGACAUGUAUUGGUCCGUCCUGGGUAUGAUGAACAACCCUUGGUUCCGUGUCUCAAUCACAAAAGAGAAUGGAAAACUGCUCUUUGAACAUCCGACCGACCCUACCGGUCCGGGAGGGUGGAUGGAGCGGAUAAAGAAAGCUGGUGGUGACCUGCUAAACGGAAAUUGGGGCGAGAGACAAGAAGGCGAGGAGCCUGUUGAGCCUGAGCCCGUGGUGGAGGUCAACAUGAAGAAGGAGGGCGUGAACAGAAUGAUCAAUCUUGAGGAAUUCAAGAGUAGCUCAACAGACGAAUGUCCCUGGUUUGUCGUUAAUGGCGAGGUAUAUGACGGCACGGCCUUUCUUGAAGGACAUCCCGGCGGAGCCCAAAGUAUCAUAUCAGCAGCAGGAACAGAUGUUUCUGAGGAGUUCAUGGAAAUCCACAGCGAAACUGCCAAAAAGAUGAUGCUGGACUACCACAUCGGCACCCUCGACAAGGUCUCCCUCGCAGCUCUCCAAAAGGGCGACGCCGACAACAACAACACCGACACCACACCGCGGGACACUUUCCUAACCCCCAAAUCCUGGACGAACGCCACUCUAACCAAGAAGACGACCGUAUCCUGGGACACCCGCAUUUUCACUUUCUCCCUCGAACACGAAUCCCAGCUCCUCGGCCUCCCAACAGGCCAACACCUGAUGAUCAAAACCCCCGAUCCCAAGGCCCCAUCAAGCAGCAUAAUCCGCUCAUACACACCCAUUUCAGAAACAAACCAGCUCGGCACCGUCGACAUCCUAAUAAAAAUCUACUUCGACAGUCCUACCGUCCCAGGUGGGAAAUUGACAACCGCACUCGAGCAGCUGCCCCUCGGCUCCGUGAUCGAGUGUAAGGGGCCGACAGGACGGUUCGAGUACCUGGGCUCUGGAAAGGUCCUUGUCAGCGGUAAAGAGCGGGCUGUACGUGAGUUCGUGAUGAUCUGUGGUGGAACGGGCAUUACGCCUGUUUUCCAGGUUCUUAGGGCUGUUAUGCAGGAUGAGCAGGAUGACACGCGGUGCGUCUUGCUUGAUGGGAAUCGGCUGGAAGAGGAUAUUCUUCUUCGUGAGGAGCUGGAUGGGUAUGAGGCUGAGGGUGGAGAGAAGUGUAAGAUUGUGCAUACGUUGACUAAGGGUUCAGAUAGCUGGAGGGGGAGGAGGGGCCGUAUAGACGAGAAGUUGAUUAGAGAGUAUGCAGGGACCCCGGAUGAACGGACGAUGGUUUUGGUUUGUGGGCCUGGUCCCAUGGAGAAGGCUUCCAAGGAGAUCCUCCUGUCGUUGGGGUGGAAGGAGUCGAACCUCCAUUACUUUUAG